AUGGUAAGUUUCGGUUCUAGGGGGAAUCACCUCCACCUCCACGCCUCUUUCCCUUAUCCCUAUCUACUUUUCAUGACCUGCUUGCAGAAGUUUUACGUCAUCGCUUUGGCCUUUGUCGGCAUCGCCGCCGCUGACGUCAGUCACCUUAAGAUGGGCCUAUCCGCCGAUGGAGGCUAUGGACUCUCCACCUCUUCAUCUUCAUCCUUCUCGUAUUCAUCUUCCUCGGAGGUAGCGCCAGGUGGUGAUUCCAGCUCUUACCAACCCGCUGAAUACACUCACGAGCAUUUGAAGUCGGCUGAGGUCAGCCCUGGAGGUGAUGCUAGUUCCUACCAACCCGCUGAAUAUACUCACGCCCAUCUCAAGGCUGCUGAGGUUGUUCCUGGUGGCGAAUCGAGCUCUUACCAACCCGCUGAAUACACUCCCGAGCACUUGAAGGCUGCUGAAGUGGUCCCUGGUAGCGAAUCGAGCUCCUACCAACCCGCUGAAUACACACCCGAGCAUUUGAAGUCUACUGAUGUGGUUCCUGGUGCCGAUUCGAGCUCUUACCAACCCGCUGAAUACACUUCCGAGCACUUGAAGUCUGCUGAAGUGGUUCCUAGUGGAGACGUUAGCUCCUACCAAUCCGCUGAAUACACUUCCGAGCACUUGAAAUCUGGUAAAUUUGCUUCUGGUGACGAUGCUAGCUCCUACCAACCCGCUGAAUACGCUUCCGAGCACUUAAAAGCCGCUGAGGUUGCUCCUGGCAGCGAUUCGGGCGCCUACCAACCCGCUGAAUAUACUUCCGCCCAUCUCAAGGCUGCUGAGGUUGUUCCUGGUGGCGAUUCGAGCUCCUACCAACCCGCUGAAUACACACCUACCUUUCUUAAGCAGUCUUCCCCCGCUUCUGUUGCCGCUGAGGUUGUUCCUGGUGGCGAUGCCAGCUCCUACCAGCCCGCUGAAUACACACCCUUUCAUCUUAAGGCAUCCGUUCCAGCAGCGGUUGAAGUUGAUACUUAUGCACCAGAGCCCGCUGCUAUUGGAGCUGAUACCUACACCCCGGCUGACCAAGAUGCUCACUACAAGUAUGUCCAGGAGCAGCAGCAGGAGCAGGAGCAAGAGGCUGUUGUUCCCGGGGGAGAUUCUAGCUCUUACCAGCCCGCUGAAUACACUCCUGCCUAUCUUAAGCAGACCUCUUCUGCCGCCGUUGUUGCAGAGGCUGCUCCUGGAGGCGUUGCUACCUCCUACCAACCCGCUGAAUACACUCCCGUUCAUCUCAAGGCUUCCGUUCCAGCAGCAAUUGGAGCUGAUACUUAUGUACCAGUACCCGCUGCUAUUGGCACUGAUACCUACACCCCGGAGAAGUUUAUCCCCCAGGCUGAUCAGGAAGUCCACUACAAGUACGUCCAGGAGCAGCAUGAGCAGGAGCAGGAGCAGGAGGCGGUUGUUCCCGGUGAAGAUUCUAGCUCUUACCAGCCCGCUGAAUACACGCCUGCUUACCUGAAGCAGUCCGUUGUUGCUUCCGCUGUUUCUGGAGCUUCGGUCCAGAGCGGUUACGUUCAGAACCAGGUCUCGUCCGUCGUCCACGGAUCGGAUGUCAGUAGCUAUCAGCCUGCCCAUUUGAUCGCCGCCUAUGUCAAGGGACAGGCACCAGCCGCCAUUGGAGGCAACACCAUCACACCUGCUCAUCUGUACGAGGAGCCCGCCUCGAAUGGCAUCGAGGAGUUCAAUCCCGAGACCCACGAGCCCGAGGCCAUUGGUGCCGACACCAUCACUCCUGCCCAUCUGCAGGCCACCUACUCGAAGGCCGGCCAGGAGACCCAGUACGCCUCCAACGGAGGUUAUGUUUACUAA